GCGUGCUCAAGACGUGAUGUUCCCUAACUCGCGGUACGGAUACCAGAGCAGAACCUAGGUCGUCCGGCGGCCGUGGUCAUGACGUACCUUCCAUCCCAUCGAAGCCCUCCCGGCCCCGGCGGCCUCCGGCGCAACGCAAAGCGCAGUCCGCCAUAUUGCGUGCUCUCGACGCGAUAUCUCCUGCGUAUUUAUACCGCGGUGCAGUGCUAGGUAGGCAGCAGGGUUUUCGCUGCCGUAGGUAAGUAUGGAAUUACCUCAGCGCAGCAGCGCGAGCUUCAUGCAUACGUCACUAGACGCAUCGAGGCUUUACACCUGGUCGUCGGAAAGGACAGGUAGCUCGCAUUCAAAGGCCCUUCGCAGUCUGUCUGUAUUUCCAAGCGCCUCCCGGCGAGGAAUAAGCGUCUUACCCAAGAAGCCUUGCCCGAGUGUUGCAGCCCUGACUUUUUCCCUUUCGUUUUCCUUUCCUGACCUUGUUGGCCCAACCGCAAGACAGCUGCUGAUUCCAAACGACCGCUCCUUUUCACACACAUGUCGGUCAUACACUCGGGGCCAAUACUCCCCGCCCGUCCGUCCGUCCGUUUGUCCGUCUGUUCGAAGUAAUCCUCCCAGUUGCCCAGACCUGAAUUCUUUUGCGCCGAGUACGCCGUCCGUGUCUGGCCCGCGCGGUGCAGACCAUCCACCUAAUCCCAUGGUGAUGACGCCAGUGCAAGAUACUCACGCCGCGCACGCCGCAGUCCCGCAAGUUUCCACGCCAGGAAUUCGCAGCAUCGUCGGCGGUGGUGUCCAGCAUCGCGUCGGCCUUCGCAUGGUUCUAUAACGAAAUUGCAGCCGUAGAGACCCGCUCUCAUAAAACAACACAGUAAGCUUCCGAUUCACCGCCGCUCUGGCAUUUGAUGCUGGCGGCGUAAGUAUUCUUUCUAU